CUCCUUCACUUCCUUCACUCCUCAUCUUGUUUGCUAGCACUUUUCCUCAAUGGCUCGCUCCACUGCUUCGAUGGCAGUCGUAUGCAUACUGUCCUUCCUCCUUGUUUCCGGAGUUUUCCGCGAGGCGAGCGGGGCCAUGACUUGCGGCCAGGUGGUCUCAUCCUUGACAUCGUGCAUCAGCUAUAUUCGAGGCAUGGGCCAGCUCACCGGAGGAUGUUGCAGUGGGGUGAAGAAACUCAACGCGAUGGCGAGCACCACUCCUGACCGUCAGACGGCAUGUGCUUGCCUCAAGAAUCUCGCCAGCCGUAUCCCUAAUAUGAACCCUGCCCUUGCUGCUGGACUUCCUGGAAACUGCGGCGUCAAUGUUCCAUAUCCCAUCAGCACCUCCACCGACUGCUCCAAGGUGCGCUGAGCUCCAAGGACGUGGGUACUCAUCGAGCACUGCUUUGGUUUGAUGAUCUGGGGAAUAAAGUGGAGACUGGAUUUACGGAGACUUAUUUAUGUAUUGUUGUCUGUGGGUUCUGUCUUUCGAUUUUAGUUUGUGUUUAUGUUUUGCAAGAGGCUGCACCCUUGGUUGUGGUGUGCUGGAUAUUAUUGCUGUAAUGUUAUUGCUUUUUCUAGUUGUAUGAGUUGCAGCAUAUUAUAAUUAAAAUGGACGUUUUCCAUCUCUUUUUCGA